AAGACUGGAGCUCAGCACCGGAAGUUCUCCAGCGCCACUCCGGCUGUUUGGGACUCAUGGCCGAAUACAUGCAACAAGUCAGUAGACUGUAAAUACCCCGUGUAAGAGUGACUUCCGGGUUGCAGGAUGAGAUAAGAAGUCGGAGGUGAUGAUGAUGUUGAUGUUUUUUGGUGUUCCUACGUGCAGAACAUGGCGAGACUUUCUGCUCGAAAACUUUUCGCCUUCUGUCUCUGCGCUUCUGCGUUUGUUUUCCUCCUCAUUACACUGCAGGUGGUGGAGGAGCUGGGCCAGUUUGAGAAAGCAUUGCACACACGCCCCCUAAAGGACAGAGACGGGUUAACACAGAUCCAGGCUUUCCCGGAGAGUCCUGUGCUCACUGAUGACAGAGUAUCUCCAGGCUUUGCUUCUGGUUUCCCAGUUAUUGUCUGGUGGUCUCCUCUAACAGGAGAGCCGGGCCGGCUUGGGGAGUGCGGACACAACAGAUGUUUUUUCACCAUUAACAAGUCAUACCAUUCUCAUCCUUCGACACAGGCCUUCCUGUUUUAUGGUACGGACUUCAGCGUAGAAAGUCUCCCUUUACCAAGAAAGCAACAUCAACACUGGGCUCUUUUCCACGAGGAGUCACCUAAGAACAACUACAAGCUCUUCCACAAACCCGUCAUCACCCUAUUCAACCACACAGCCACCUUUAGCCACCAUUCCCACCUCCCCCUCACCACGCAACACCUGGAGAGCCUCCAUGCGCUCACCUCCCACAAGUUCCUGCUCCCUCUGGCCCAGAAGAACCAGCUGAGGCACACUCUGGCUCCCGUGGUGUACGUCCAGUCGGACUGUGACCCACCGUCGGAUCGCGAUGUCUAUGUGCAGGAGCUCAUGAAGCACAUCCCAGUCGACUCCUAUGGCGAGUGCCUGCACAACAAGGACCUCCCCUUCCACUUGAGGGACUCCUCUGCCAUGGAUGAGGAGAGCUUCUAUCAGAUCUUAGCCCAGUAUAAGUUCAUCCUAGCGUUCGAAAAUGCCAUUUGUGAUGACUACAUCACGGAGAAGUUGUGGCGGCCGCUCAAGCUCGGCGUGGUCCCUGUGUACUACGGAGCCCCUAAUGUUCAAAUUUGGCUUCCCAGUAACAGAAGUGCAAUUGUGGUGGACCCAAAGCAGUCUCCAAAGGAACUAGCGCUGUAUCUAAAGAGUCUGGACAAAAAUGACCAGGAGUAUUUGACGUACCUUGACUGGAAGAUGAAACGUGAGGUAUCAAAUCAGAUACUUUUUAAAGAACUGAAGGAGCGUCAGUGGGGGGUGCAGGACGUUACUCAGGAGAACUUUAUUGAUGUGUUCGAGUGCAUGGUGUGCAACCGGGUGUGGGAGAACAACAACAGACAAAAUGAGGGUUUGGCCCCCAGAGUGUGGCAGGCUGAAGAACAUCAUCUCACAUGCCCACCUCCAAAGCUGUUCGACUUCGCUGUAAAUCCUUCGAACGGCUCUUCUCUGCGCCACAUCUGGAGAGCCAGUUAUGAUCAGUCAGUGAGAGAAGCCAGAGCUCUGAGACGGUUAGUGCUGAGGAACAGGAACUUCUCAGCUACACAGUUCUGGAGAGAGGUGUUUACUGACUGAGCUCCUGAAGAAAUGUGAAAAAAGGGGAGAAAAUUCCAUGUUUUUGUGUUAUUCAUUAAAAUAUCAUAGCACAUGUCCUGUUCCGAUCAGAUGAGCAGCAACACUUUUCUAUAACGGUAAGGUUUCUAAAUAUACCAUUUAUCUGGGCAUUUUAAAGCAAACUGAGAUACAUAGAAGAUUUAAGGGCUCAAGUUGCAGUAGUCUUGCUUAAAUCAGUCUCGGACCCACAGAGACAAUUAAGCUGCCUCGGGAAAGAUGAGCCGUGCUCUCUUGUGGAAUUGGCACAAAAUAAGUUUACAAAUUUAGCAUGGGGAGAAAAGCCACCCGAGGUGAAACCGAUAGAAAUCAAUACUGUCCGUAUGCUGCUGAACGCUCACGUCUCCACAAAUAGAGCAUAGGAUCUGUAGUUAGAGUGCUAUAUUUGUGUUUUAAAACCGUUUAGCAUCUCUUGAGAUAUCAGUCCCCGAUAUUAGGGGGUGGGUGGAGUGGGGGUUGUUCGGUAUUGGGGCCGUUUGCCUUGUGGUACUAAAUAAGCUUUUGUAUCUAUAUGUGUUCUAUAUAUACUUCGUGUGUCAUAAGGUGAGCAAUUAAAUUUAGAGCCCUCUUCACCCUCCAGAAAAGGCCAGCCAUAAUAUACAGCACUGUCCUGAACAUCAUGUGACUUCAACAAUAUACUGAACCCUCCACCAUGUUCUUAUUACUCAGCACAAAGACUAAGAAAUAUUUAUUUUUUAUUUUUGGUCAUCUUAAACAAAGUGCUGAAACUAAAUUCAGUAAUAUUACAUUUGUAUUGAAAGAAGUAUUUACAUAAAGCACCUUUGUCAGUACUGUUGUAAUAAUAAACAUGUAAUGAAUAGGUGGAAAAUGCAGUAAACAUUUUGUUUAUCCUGUAUAUUUUAAUUUGACUAGUCUUUUGUUCAAACAAGACAAAUCCAAUUAAAGGAAAAUAUGAUAA